CAUCUUGCAGUCAAGUUUGCGACUGCUGCGGGUGCUGAGGUUACGGCGUUGUCUCGCAACCAUAAAAAGGAGGAACAGGCAAGGGAAUGGGGUGCUAAGCAUUUCGUUGCGACCGAAAGUGAGGAAGAGAUGAAGUCAGCUGCCGGUUCUCUUGACCUCAUUCUAGACACUUGCCCUUAUGCACCUGAGAAUGGAGAUAUGUCACCUUGGAUGGACUUGCUAUGCUUCGGUGGAACCUACUGCCGCCUGGGUCUCCCCGAGGUGUCUACUGCCACAUUCAACUUUAACUUCAUUCCGUUGGUCUUCACAGCUAAGAAGAUUGUUGGCUCUAUUGUUUGCGGUUCCAAGAAUACCACCGACAUGUUGCGAUUGGCAGCGGUUAGAGGUAUCGACUGCGACGUCGAGGUUAUGCCAAUUUCGGAAGUGAACGUAGCUAUGAAGACUUUGGAAGAAGGCAAAAACACCGAAAGUCGGAUAGUGUUGCAGUGGUAAGAAAUUCACAGUGGGACUUUCUAGUCCUCGGCUCUAAGAGUUAUACUCUCUGAAGGAACAGAUUAAAACAAAUAAAGACUCGAAUUUAUACAGAGACUAAAAAAAAUAAAAAAAUUGAAAAUAACUGUACGCUUACAACAAAUAUCGUGGCUCAGUGAUCAUAUCUUAAAAUUGUUCAGAAACACAUGAAUAUACGGUUGGUGUAAUUGAAGAUACGAUGCGACGUUAUCUUUCUAGCCGCGCGACUAAUUACGAUUCUAGAUUGACCCAUAUCACCCGGUUCACCAGCAGAUUUUGAUGUGAUAGUUGAACUGUAGAAAUACAUGUACUGACGUUUCCAUAAACGCACCCACCAUGUCUACGCUCUGCCUCGUAGCUACCAUCUUUUUUAUGUUGGUACCAUCGUAGCUCCCAGAAGAGCUCCCGAUGACGCAGUCGCGUUGCUCACAGGGUGAUCAAUUUUUUUGUCAUAGGUCAAAACACUUGAUUUUAUAAUUUUUUUGUUUCCUCCUAGGCCACAACACUUGAUUUAUAUAAAUGUUUCGAGUUCCCUUUAUAUAGGUCAAAAUAUUAGUGAGUUGUAUAGCAGGACUGGUGUUUUUUCGCGCAUGAAGCUUCAUCUACGCUACACCAAAAAUCCCAAAAUUCAAAUUAUCAAAGCGAACAGGCACUAUUUUGUAUCAGAACUACAAUAAAACCAGACGAUCACCAUAGUAACCAGCGGUGAGCUCAAAAUUCAUGUAAAAGCACCGAUUCCCACACACGCUUGAGUUUGAAAUUACAAUUAUGCGCAGAAUAUGAUUUUAAAGGUAGGUAGGUUCUUUAUAUAUUUGGAUUGACCACUUCCUUACUAGUCGACGGGGCGGUACAAUACAAUCGUAACAUAUUUCUGCAUAAUAAUAAUAAAAAUGAAAGUGUCAAUGCGG